GAAUGAUUGCAUCCUCUGAGGAGAAAGAGAGAGGGAGAGCAAAUUUUGCUAAAAUCUUUUCAAAAAAAAAAAUAAUGAAAGAUAUUGCAAGUCCCCACAUAAAAAUGCAUAUUUUGACAAAAUUACCGAUCGUCUCGUAUCCGCGAAGGUUUUCGUUGCAGUUAGCAACCACUCAGGAGCCAGAGAAGAAAUAUUUGCACAGUCCACGGGACUCUUUUCAUCGCGCAAUUUACCCAACGUUGCUGGUGGCUCAAAUUUUUGGAGUUUUUCCCGUUUUGGGAAUAUCUGCCAGCAAUUGUUCGCAUCUUCGGUUCCAGUGGUUCUCGUUCCGAGCGAUUUAUAGUGCAUUUUUUAUCUGUUUUUGCAUUUUUAUGGCAUGUUCGGAGAUGUAUCGGAUCCAUCGGAGUGACGCUGUCGACCCAAAUUACACAAAUGCAAAAAGUUUGGCAGGUCUCGUUUUUUACAUGGUGAAUUCUUGCGCGACGAUAAUUUUUUUCUACAUCGCCACUCGAUGGAAAAAGCUCAUGAUGCACUGGGAAAAGAACGAAUCCGUGUUUCAACGAAGACCUUACUGUACCGGAGUCGGAAUGUCGUUGCGGAAAAAAAUCACAAUAGCAGGAUCAAUUGUUUUUCUCGCUGGAUUUGUGGAACACUGCUUGGCAAAAUCACAAUCUUUCUAUUCGUGGGACUACGAGUCGCGUUAUUGCAACAAUUCGUAUCACGGCACCUUGCAUUAUUACGCAAAUCGGGAUUUUUAUGCGGCUUUGGUGCUCGUUUUGCCGUUCUAUCAUCCGAUUUUGGGAAUUUUGUUCUAUCUGGGAUCCUUCAUGAUGACUUUUACGUGGACUUUUAUCGAUUUCUUCAUAAUUGUCAUCAGUUUGGGCAUUUCGGAGCGAUUUCGGCAGUUUAAUGAUUACUUGAAUGAAAUGUACAAAUCAGGUUCGCCGCAAAUUGGAACGCAGCAGUUUUGGAAAACGGCUCGUUUUCACUUUGGACUGAUCUGUGAGAUAUUGGAGAAUGUGGAUCGAACCAUUUCUGUUGUCGUGAUUAUCUCUUGUUUGAGUAAUUUGUAUCAUAUUUGCUUGCAAGUGUUGAAUGUGGCAACAAAAUUACCUUACACGAUAAAUUACGUCUACUAUUGGGCAUCGUUGACAUUUCUAAUUCUGAGAACAGCUGCAGUCUUUUUGUUUGCCGCCGAAGUGAAUGAACAAGCAGUGAAGCCUCUCGAAUUGCUGCGAAGACUUCCGAAUUCCAUGUGGAAUGUUGAUGUGGAACGACUAGCGGACCAAAUUAGAUGUGAAACAAUUGCUUUGAGUGGCAUGCGAUUCUAUUUUUUGACACGACGAUUGUUAUUUGGUAUGAUGGGAACGAUAAUCACCUACGAAAUCGUCCUGAUGCAAUUUGGACAACAAAAAGCGAAUGAAUAUAAAAUUAAUUGCUAUUAACUCUACUUUUUGUGUUGUUUUUUG